AAACCUUAUAAUCUUUACAAAUAAUUGAGCUAUGGGAUGAAGCAGUUCAGCCGCUGUCAGAAAAAGCACUGCCGAUCCUCGGAGAGAGGAGUGACGAUUGGAAAUACUCGAAAAUAUCCAAGACAACGAUAAUAUCGUGCAAGAGAACAACAGAAUGCUCUGCAUGAUCGACAGGCAAAUAGCUAGUUCUAAAUCCUCCAGAGAACUAAACCGGCUAAAGAAACUUAAGUCGAAACUGAUCAGAGAGAACCAAGAGGUUACGGUACACAGUGAUGUUCUUAAACAAUACUCUGUUGUAGCUUCUGAGAAGAGCAACAUGAGCCAGAAUGUUCUAUCAAACUAAUUUAUUUUUUGCUAAUUUUUAAUUC